ACUGAAGGCAUCAAAACUAUGAAUGAACACAUGUGGAGUUACGUACCGAACAAAAAGGAUCUCACCAAUAACUAACAACAUUCUAGUUUCUUCAAAAUAGCCACCUGAAAUGGUUUUCCAACAGUCUUGAAGGAGUUCCCAGAGGUGUUUAGCAUUUGUUGGCCCCUUUGCCUUCACUCUGGGGUGAAUUCGGCAGAACACUGGCUCUGGCAGUACGACCUGCGUUUAGACCCAUGAGAAUUAUAAUUUAAAGAACAGCGCCUCCUGGUGGACGCAGAGUUACCCUGACGUGUAGAUCAACAGCAGUGCACGGCACUUUUACACAACAAACCAGCGGUCCUAAGGUCUAGGGAGAGGGGGUCAAAACACAGACAGCACUGCUCAAAACAAAUAAAAAAGAUAAAAUUAAAUCAAAUUAUUACCUUAAUGAAAUUAGGAUUGCACAAUACAGACAGACAGACAGGUCAGCUGUUCCUGGAGCAGGGGAGCUUUUGGAAAUGUAAGUUAUCUGGCAGGCGCAGUAAGGAUAAUGUAGUGUGAGUGAGCACAGAGAUACAUUUAGUCGUGUUAACUCAGGCGUGUCACAGUGACCCCGCGACUUUCCAGAUACAGCACUUCUACCCUGCUGUCUCCACUCCACUGCCCGCUGCGGGGUUCAGUGAUCAGUAAACAGCGGCGCGGGGCUCACACAGGACAGGGGGAGAUGACCGUCACCUACUCCAGUAAAGUGGCUAACGCCACCUUCUUCGGCUUUCACAGACUGCUGCUGCGCUGGAGGGGCAGCAUUUAUAAACUGCUUUACCGAGAGUUCCUGUUCUUCGCUCUGCUCUACUCCAUCCUCAGCCUCGUGUACAGGUGGGUGCUUACAGAUCCUCAGAGGCGUCUCUUUGAAAAAUUGUCUAUAUACUGUGACAGAUAUGCAGAACAGAUUCCAGUAACUUUUGUACUUGGGUUCUAUGUAACGCUGGUGGUGAAUCGCUGGUGGAACCAAUUCCAGAACCUGCCAUGGCCAGAUCGUCUCAUGUUCCUCAUCUCUAGCUGUGUUCAGGGUCAGGAUGAGCAGGGACGGCUGCUGCGUCGCACGCUAAUGCGCUACGUCAAUCUCACCUCUCUGCUUAUCUUCCGCUCAGUUAGCACUGCUGUCUGCAAGCGUUUUCCCACCAUUGACCAUGUUGUAGAAGCAGGAUUCAUGACACCAGAAGAGAAAAAGAUCUUUGAGAACCUUAAGUCACCACACCUGAAAUACUGGAUCCCAACUGUGUGGUUCACCAAUCUGGCCUCCAAAGCAAGAAAAGAUGGACGGAUCCAGGACAGUGUGGAUCUUCAGACCAUUCUCACUGAGAUGAACAGGUUCAGGACUUGGUGCUCUACAUUGUUUGGAUACGAUUGGGUUGGGAUCCCCCUUGUCUACACACAGGUUGUCACCCUGGCUGUGUACACAUUCUUCUCAGCGAGCAUUAUUGGACGGCAAUUUCUUGACCCUGCUCAGGGCUAUCCGGGUCAUGACCUGGAUCUCUAUGUGCCAGUCUUCACUUUACUCCAGUUCUUCUUUUAUUCUGGGUGGCUUAAGGUCGCUGAGCAGCUCAUAAAUCCAUUUGGAGAAGAUGAUGAUGACUUUGAGGCCAAUUGGUGCAUAGACAGAAACCUGCAGGUGUCUCUUAUGGCAGUGGACGAGAUGCAUAUGAAUAUUCCUCGCAUGACUAAAGAUGUCUAUUGGAACGACCCUGAUGUACGGCCACCAUACACACGUGCUGCAGCAGACUACUGUAUCCCAUCUUUCCUGGGUUCUACUACAGACAUGGGACUCUCUGAAAUCCUUCAAAAUGAAGACACUGAUAUCCAGAACGCUCGGCGCCAGGGCUCAGUUCUAGGCCGCAUGCGUCGCUUGCUUAGCGUCCAGGAGCCACCAGAGCUGCAAUUCCGCCCAUCUUUUAAACGACAUAGCAGUGAUAUCUCCAGCUUCUUCCCCUUCAUCCCUGAUCACCGCAUUCACCCUGGACAUGCGGAGAGCAUGGCAGAUCAGCCCAGGGUAUAUUUUAGCCCCCAUCCACAUCCUGUACUGGACACUCUUUCCACCCUCAAGGAGGUGAACAGCACACCUUCUUCUCCUGACACCUCAGUGCGCUCAGCUUCCCACAACAGCAUACCUGCGGCCAUGCUUAGCGAAAGCAACCCUCAUCUUGAUAACUGUGAUAGCAGUGUUGCUCAAGAAGUUUCACUGGAGACUGCAGUGCCUCUAGCUUCUCAGGAGCCUGAGCAGGAACAGGCCCAGCAGGGGCCCAGCCUUUUCUAGAGGACCAUACAACCUUACACAGAUAGAGCCAACAAGGUUUUAAUGGCACAUCCUUUAGCAGCAGGUCAAAAAAGAGGCAGAUGUUGUCUCAGCAGACUCCAUGAGAAGCAUCGAGAAAAGUUAAAGCUUUACUGAGAAGGACAGCUCCACACUCAUUAGCCAAAAUGUCCCAUAAGCCUACAAUAUGAAGUGGUCAUGAAUCAAGUGGUUACCAGCUUCACCCCAGAAAACUGCAUCAAAGCCAACUGUUGAGUUGAGCUAUCAUUCCCGUGUGUGAUUGUUGUGAAUCUCUUAUUCACAGUGGUCUUCAAAAAGUAUAUAUUGUUCUGAGCUGCUCCUCCUUUUACUUAUUAGAUGCUAUUCUGCUACAGUAUGAAAUCAGUUGCUGUGGCUGCAAUGUUUGCUCGAAAAGCAAUGGAAAUGUUUUAAAAGAUUUACAACACUGUGGUCCUGAAAGUCAUCAGUGCAGAUAAAUACCUAAGGAUACAUUUCACUUGGGAAAGUGUUGUGUUCAAACCUGCCUUUUGAAACCACUGAAAUAAAGUCAAAUCCUAAAGGCAUUUGCUGGUUAGUGCAUACAAUUUAAAUGAAAUUGAAUUUAUUUUGUCAGCACUUUUUACAACUGAUUUUGUCGCAAAUAGGCUUUAAUAGAAAUAUCUGGACAGAGAAUCAGACAAAACAUAGAAUACAGAACCCUCAGUGAGCGUGGAGGCAAAGAAAACUCCCUCAGAGGAGAGUUUUACAUAUGU